UGUGUAGCGUGGCGAGGGCGGACCUAGUGACGUAGAGCUGAGGCUCUGGCUGUUUAUUGUUCCUUCUCCGGCGCCGACACAGAAAAACAGGUUGACAACCAGCAUUUCAACGCAGUUUACAGUCGGGUUUACGAAGGUGUGAUAGUCUGGACAACUAACUGCGCAAAUUGGGGGCCAUGGCAUACGCUUACCUCUUCAAAUACAUCAUCAUCGGAGACACAGGUGUCGGAAAGUCAUGUCUAUUACUACAGUUCACAGACAAGAGGUUUCAGCCUGUUCACGACCUUACCAUUGGGGUGGAGUUUGGAGCGAGGAUGAUCACUAUAGAUGGCAAACAGAUUAAACUGCAGAUCUGGGAUACGGCUGGUCAGGAGUCGUUCCGGUCCAUCACCAGGUCUUAUUACAGAGGAGCAGCAGGAGCACUGCUCGUCUAUGACAUCACAAGGAGGGACACUUUUAACCACUUGACGACCUGGUUAGAGGAUGCUCGCCAACAUUCCAACUCCAAUAUGGUCAUCAUGCUCAUUGGCAACAAGAGUGACCUAGAGUCACGGAGAGAGGUAAAGAAAGAGGAAGGGGAAGCAUUUGCCAGAGAACACGGCCUCAUAUUUAUGGAGACCUCAGCCAAGACGGCCUCAAACGUAGAGGAGGCUUUCAUCAACACAGCCAAGGAGAUUUAUGAGAAGAUCCAAGAGGGUGUUUUUGAUAUCAACAAUGAGGCUAACGGUAUUAAGAUCGGACCGCAACACCCUACCACCAACUCAACACUGCCCGGUAGCCAGGGAGGCCAACAGGCUGGAGGCGGCUGCUGCUGAAGGCCCCAAAACAGACCUCUUCAUCCUCCUUUAACCCCUGAAUCCCCCCCCCCCCCCCCCCCCACUUGCGUUUCUGCAGAACUUUGCAGGCUCAGUAACAGUUUGUUAAUCUGUCUCUCUCCAUCCUGUCAUCCAUCCCCUUGCUUUCCCUCUGUCAGACCACCCCUUUUUUUUUUUGCUAAAAAUCAUACCCGAGAGUCUCAUGGCAGCAAUUCGUGAUCUCAACCCUUACAAGAAUGGUGUCAGGUUUACCUCACUAAAAUUCUAAACUUCACAUUUUCCUUGGGAAGAUGCAUUGGUUUUAACUGGGUUUUUUUUUUUUUUUUUUUGGUUUUUUUUAAAUUGACACCAAGAGGAUGAUGAUAAGCUGUACUGGGGAUGAUGGUAGUGAAUUUGUCCAGCCAGAGACAUGCCUGUGGGUGGGUGGGGGGGGGGGGGGAAUAUACCAUCUGACACUGACUGGAUGGAAUAAUAAACCAUGUGUUGCCUAUAUACUCACAUCGCCACAUGUUUUUAAAGAAAACGAUGCAGCACAUUGGUAGCAAGGCAUGUUUGUACAUGUAGGCCCUUGCGUGUAUAUGAUAUAGACAUUCCAAUGAAGUCAGUCUUUCAAGUCACUACCCUCUGCUCAUAAAACUGCUCCCCUUCCUUCGUUUUGUCUUCAUGUCAACUUGCAGGUGAAAUGUAUUUAAUGAACACUAAAUAAUCAUAUGGCUGUUUUAAAUUGUCCUGGAGAGAGAAUAAAAGACCAAACUGUCGAGUGUGAGAAUGAAUCCUUUUGGAAUGGUAGAAAAAUGAAGAAAGUUAAAGAAAUGUCAAGGGGAUGUUGAGAGCAGUGGCUGUCAUAAUGAAGUUGAGAAUCAAACAAAAAAAAAAAGGAAUAAUUGGAAACGUUUUGUUAACUGUAUUUAUCAUUCGCUAUUCUGUGUAUAUAUGGCUGCUUAGAUUUUUCUCUAGCUUCUUUGGCUGUUAAAAAGUGGAACUUUGGCAAGUUGCGGUCUUCACCGGGGCUUUAAUAUUUAAAAGAAAUGUAAAAAAAAAAAGAGACCUUUGUGGACCUUCAACCAUUCUCGUUUAAAUCCAGUUGCUCACCAACCCUGUUGAAAAGGUUGCUGGUGCCCUUUUCUUUUAAAUGACAAAUGUGAAUGAUAACGGGCAGUUAACAAGAUCACGUAGAGUCCCCCGGUGGAGAAUCGACUCAAAUGUCAAGGCAUCUCCCUUUUAAGCAAGCUUUGAGUCCCACCAUGAAAUAGUUGGCAGAUAUAUCACGUGUUGUUUAGAGCUAGAUCAAUGACUCCUGCUUUGCAAUGUAACAGGCAUCAUUUUACUCUUUUGAGCAUUGUUUACUUAUUCUGUUCAUAUUUCCCCUCGCAUCCCUACUGCUCUUUCUCUGACUGUGUGGUAAUUCUUUUUUUUUAUCGCCAAAACAGCAUGUUUACCAUCAGGAUCAGCUGUCUGCCUUAACUCCACCCUCUUGUGAGAUUUGGACAGUUGCUAAAAUGAGUUAGCUGCAAACAAACAUGCUUUACCACAAACCUGUGAGAUGUAUUCCAUUAGACACACUGUUGGGGUGUUUGAUUUAAAUCCUCAUCAAUAACUCCCACCCAUUCCCUGUGCGCACACACGUGCCCUCCACACAAUAUAUAAUGUACGAUCUUUUAAGGCCUGGAAAGAUAUGGGGAAGGAUCUCUGUUGUUGUUUUUGUCAUUUUAGAUAUAUAUCAGAUAUUAAUCAAGUCAAUUGAAGAUUAUUCUUUGUAAAGCGACAUGUAGGAUGUGUGCGCGCUUAAGUGCACGUGUGUGUCGACAAACAGCUCCACAGUGGUUACAGGGGGAGGAUCAAGCCAAACCUGAUGCAUCUAUUUAUCUAUCUAUGGAUUGAUCUAUCUUACCUGUGUGUCCCCCCCCCCCUCUCCCUUCCCCUCUCAAUCUUCAUUUUUCCCGCUUCUCCUCUUGCCCCCAAAAGUUAUUUGUUGUGUUUGUUCUUUGGAAGAAAAUAAAAUGAAAAAUGAAGAAAAAAGAAUGCUAUCACAAUAAACUGAAAUAAAACAUUCUAAACGCAA